AUGAAAUUUUCUUGGAGCUCAGCUUUGAAAGCACAUUUGAGGAUACACACUAAUGAAAAGCCGUAUUUUUGCGAUUGUUGUAAAAAGAGAUUUUCCCAGAGUUCAAAUUUAAAGCGACAUUUGAGGAUACACACUGGGGAAAAGACCUACUCUUGUGACGUUUCCUUUUCUCAGUUUUCAAAUUUGAAAAGACAUUUAUUGAUACACACUAAUGAAAAACCAUAUACUUGCAAGUAUUGCAAAAAGACAUUUUCUCAAAGUUCAAGUUUAAAAAGACAU